CAUGAGCCAUUCCCUAGUACAUCGAUGGGUUUAUCCGAAGAAGCUUAAUAGUCAUCCAAAACGGUUACCUUAAAAUAGCUAUUUUUCGAUAGUGAACCACUUACCACACUAAUUGUAUGGCCUCUGCAACCCAUAUCGAUGGCCAAUAAAUUUCUGCCCUACCAAAGUUCAUCAGAAUAGCGGGGCAAUAGGGGGGUUUUAUCUGCAGACGUUUGCCUUUAAUCAACAGAUUCGUUUUACUGUUGGAAAAUAUUCUGCCACAAUAUAUAUAUCUUAUCUUGGAGGGAUUGGAUUACGCAGAUGGAAGCAGUAUCUGCCAGCAGUAGCUACCUAUAAAAGAUGAAAUGUUUUUGCCUCGGCUUCCAGUUUUACUGCUCGUGGUGAUUGCGCAUUGCCCACCGCGACGACUACCUCGUGUGAAAGUUUUGUAAGAAAAUUGUUCGAAUAUGUGGAAGUGUUCUACCGUGACGCUAUUCGCGUUAAGUUUGCUCGCCUAUGUGAGCGCACAGACGCCUGAUUCUCGAUGUCCGCUGGUGGACAAUCCACCAUUUCAUCUACCGCACGAAACAGACUGCGCGUUGUUUUACACCUGUUCUUAUGGCAUGAAAUAUUUGAAGCAAUGCCCACCUAAUCAGCAUUUUGGCUUCGCUAUACAACGGUGCGAUCAUCCCUAUUUCGCACAAUGUAAUCUCGGGGGAGGAGUUACAACUACUACGGUGCCGAGUACAAUACCUACCACAAUUCCAACAAUACCUACCACAAUUCCAACAACUUCCACCCCAAUACCAUCAGUCCCUACAGCAUCUCCAACAACAGCUCCUACCACAAUCCCAACCACGGUUCCAACCACGGUUCCAACCACGAUUCCAACUACAGUUUCAACUGUAGCUACAACUACUACUACCGUUUCUGGAGUACCGACUGCACCAACUUACACAUCAUCCGCAACAACAGCGCCAACGACAAUAUCAUCGACUCAAACGAUUCCAACGGCUCCAUCGCCAGGUACAACGAUCCCAACAGCUCCAACACCAGGUCCAACCACCGUUACUGUUCCUGGUCAAACCACCGUUACCGUUCCGGCUCAAACCACUACAGUUGCCACUACUACUACAACUACAACAGUCGGCCCACCUACAAUUCCCACAGUUCCCACAGCUCCACCUCCCACCGCUCCAACGGCACCUCCUGCCCGCUACGGUAGGAGAAUUUCAAUUGGCCAUCCUUAACCAACAACAUCACCGAGCUGCCAACCGACCAAAACUCACUCAUAGCUGCUAUCGACAACCGGAAAGGAAUGCUUUCAACGUGGCCAACAGUACCCACUAUGAAUAGAUUAAACUAAGCCAACCUAAUCAGCUGUCGUAAAUCAAUAAAUAAUAUUUAUAACCUUCGCCAAGUUCACAAUACCUAAUAUACGUUCAGUGGCCAUUUUAUCUGUGGAUGCGCGACGACACUGGAUAAUCGAAACACCAAAUACCGAUACAUUUCUUAUCGCUUGCUGUACGCAGAAGGUUUAACACGAUGGCACCAACAACGUACUCAAUAAAGCCGAUUAAUAUCCCAGCAAAUUCACUAUACAAUCGGCCCAUUUCUGCCUGAAAGAAUGUAAACUAGACAUAAGUCACGAAUAUCAUGGAGUUCAGCAUUCCACAACGUCGAAAACUAAAUAAGCAAAAAUAUCAUUUUCGUUACAUCACAUUCUAACGACAUACAUCGCACUGCUGUGUUACAUAUGUAAGUUUGCAAUAAAUAAUGUUUCUUAUAUUUACGAUGCUCACCCCAAAAAUACACAAUUUCUGAAACAGGAAGGAACCAAUUUCAAUUAUUGCGUAUCUGUGCUUCAAUCAAGGUUCUCUUGAUAAACUUUACUCCCAACAAACACGCACGCGGACAGCAAUAGUCUAGACCCCAAAAAAAAGGCACCUUUUGCCAUUGUGCGGUGGCCGCUUUCAUCGUGCGAGAACUGUGGGAAGUUUUCGAACGUAUCGCAAGGUUUUUCAGCGUUAUAUGAGUAUUGUGAUUAUAGGUCGGUUUAUUAUGUGUUUCGUUUCAAACGUUACAACCCCAUGGUCCCGGGGCUAAACAGUAAACAGCAACACGUCCAAUCGUACGGAUGUGUUAAACGCUUACACAGCAAUUGUAUUGAACACAAGAUCGUCACCUAGCAAACGCAAAGUAUGGCCAAGUUCCAACUUCUUCUGUUAACCGCAUCGCUAAUGCUGCUGAUCGUCAUCUGCUUCGGCCAAGAGACAACGACGCUAGAACCGGGCGAUGAACCAUUCGUGGAGGUGUUGUACAGGCGCAUCCUACGUCUACGAUGUCCGGACGGUCAGCGAUGGUACAAUGCGCUAAAGAUGUGCAUUUUCGUCCCAACAGCACCAACGGCUGCACCAACAGGGUUUCUGUAGAAUCGGUUACAAAAUAACUCAAUUUGCCAAAAAUUAAAAAAAAACAAGUGCAGCUCUUACGCUGUUUUGCGGUAGUACAUAACACUCGACAGAACUUUGUUGCAUUUUUGGGAAAGAAAAAACCGUUUACGCUGGAAGAUCGCAGCCUACAACUAUAUGACAUAAAGGAAAGGUACAUAUGUAUAUAUUUCUAAUAUGUACAUAUAUCUGCAAAUAUCGUCAUGUGAUGUGAUAAUGCAACAAUAACGCUGUUUUACAGAUAUACGCUGCUCAAGUUCCUGUUUCUCUUGUGGUGUAGAUCUGAUUGAACACACAAUUUAAAUGGCUGUUCUGUUGCAAUACACGUAGCACAGAUACAAACGUCGUCGUUAGUCAUUGGUUCUUACUGUUUGUGGUCAUCCAAACAACAGAAGUCGCCAUUUGAUUACAAUUGUUUACCAUAGAACAUUGGGCUGAUCUUAUCGAGCCUUGCUGGACGGUGUAAUUAUUAGGUUGCGGCAGUAAGAUAACGUACCCCUUGCCAAGUAACAGUAUUCGAAGAUCCUGAUGAGACGUACGUCAUCAAGCUGGCAUGUCGUGAAUACUUGUGGCUACUGGUAGCAAAGAAACAAAUAAAUCGUCGCUGUUCACUAGAAACCACCUCCAUCCAAAUCAUCUCCAAGUGCAGGCUAGUAUUCGUAGUACUCCUUGUGUGCACACAAACCAUCGAACACCUGCACUGUCUGAUUGCCAGUUUGCGAAUUCAUAUUCCAUUACCUAAUGGCUUUGGCAACCGGUGCCAGCAAA